UUAACGCAGAUUUAGCAGCUUGUAAAGUCCCUAGCGUCCCUAGUUGUAGGCAAAGUGUCAAGUGUCAGCCUUCGGCCGCACUUGCAGUACUUGCACUGGGGAGCAGCAUCCGGGGUGCAAAUCGCAGAUAUUUUUGCGUGCGUGUGUUGCGAAUUGUUGUGGCGCUUAAUGUGACGCGCGGUCGUGUUUGUCCGCGCGGCGCGUACGCAUGUGGCUGCUGUGUGGACUUGAUUUGCGACGACAGACACCACAUAGGCGCACCGCAAGCAGCGAGUGACUCCCGUGACUCGUCGUAUUUAUCGCUUUCGAUCGCAUUCUACAUGCAUAAUACGCGCCUGAUGGGAUGCGCGGGUGCGAAAAACGUUGAGAACGCGUUGAUAUCGGCGAGCAAGUAGUAUCUGUGCAUCGCGACGCGAAGGUGAGUUUCGCUUUGCGCGUGUGUGGCUGUGCAAAUAAUGGCCGACCAGAUGAUGACAGAAGCACGGCGGAAGGAAAUGUGAGAAUGUCGCAAACGAGUGCGAUGAAUGCAACCGUCGGGAUUUGAUUGCCGCGAUAUCGUUUCGCCCGUCGUUGUAUCGCACACCAGGGUGCCGCAACCAUGACAAAGACGUUCGAAUCCGGCGCGCAUUCGGAAUCCGCCUCUCUGCCGCCGCCAGCACCGAAUUCAAUCGAAGCACCUGCAGCUGCCAGCAGCAAGCCGCAGCCGCCGCUGCGCAGCAAAGCCGUCUACAAUGCGGUGUGCACCACGUCGACGUCCACGUCCGGCUCCGCUGUGCUCAUGUCCACAGCCGAGAACCACUUGAAUUCGACGAUGAACCGCAUCAGUUUGGCGGAGGAGGACUCGGUUACCAAUCUGGACGAGCUGGAACUGCGCGCACUGCUCGACGAAGCCAUUACCUACAAGACGCCCAAGGACAGGGAAGGCAAGAGCAAGUUAUUUAAUACGCUGCUGAUUGACGCCGAGGAUGAUUUGAGAAAGGAGCACGCUCACAACGCAUCGGGGCCGGCGCGACACUUUAGCAGCACAGCGAAGAAGCGCCAUCGGCAACGCAGGCAGCCGUCGUCGGUGUCGGAGAAUUUGACACACGGCGGCAGCCUGAACGACCUCGCCAAGCAGGAGCUCUACGAGUACGAGUCGGCGAAGGCGCAGCGUCCGAAAACGGUGAGCACGAGGCAGCGCGAAGGCGGCUCGCUGCCGUGCAACGUCAACGCCGGCGCGCCCCACGUCGACAAGGCUUACUUUAUGGAGGAGCGCGCACGCCAGCAGGAGCAGCGUAGUCUGCGCACCACCGCCGGCGAUAUGCACUCGGCGCUUGGCAUUGACUAUCCGUCAGUGGAACCAGCAUCAACUUUCAUCAGUCAAGCAUCGAUUCCGAUUACAGCGAAUAAAGUCGAUGAUAACAUCUCGUUUUCGCAGUUUGGAUCCUAUCCGGCUACCAGUAUUGGCACGCAGAGCAUUGCUACGCACAAUGCGGAUGGCACGUUGCGUACCUCGGCGUUGACUGCACGUGCAGGCCGAACGGCGCACUAUGGCUCCUUUAAUAGUAAGAAAGUUGACGAGAAUGAUAAUGUUUCACAAAGCAUCCCGCUUGGCGGAUCGCUCGGUGCAGAUGCAGGUGGUAUUGCUUCUUCGGCAGCUUCCAAACGCAAGAACAAACAGAAGAAAUCCCUCGAGAAUGUUAUCACGGCCAAAGAUAUCAAGGGACAUCGCUCGGAUAUUAUCGAGAAUAUCGAUAAGUUGGUGAGUUACAUUGAGGGCACCGAGGACAAGGCGAAGAAGAAGCUGCACAAGCAGCAUUCACAUACGCUCGCCAAUGAGGAUAAGAAUAAGAAGCGGACGCGUAAGAAGUCCGCCACAAUGCUGCACAAGUCCAACAGUAUGGAGGAGAUGUCCAUUACGAAGCUGGAGGACUUUUCUUGUCGUUUCGAGGCGUUGGACGUCAAGGAGAAGGCACCGCUGCGGCCAACCAAGUCGAACGCUGAUCGUUCAUCGAGGCUUGGCAAAGGCUGGGUGGUGAGUUCCGAGCAGCUGCAGAUGCCCGUGAAUAACACAUCCGCGGAGAACGUGGAGAUUGCUGAUUUCAUCUACGUUACCAAAAAGAAAAAGAGCAAGAAGCGGCGGAAUUCGCUUGGGAGUCGAGGUAAUCCGCCGCAGUCGGUGUCCGAGACGCGUCCGGCUGAGUUUCACAGCUUGCGCGUGUCUUCUCCGCGGCGAAAAAGCGGAGCCAGCAGCGCGCCACAUAGCGAAAAGUCUGCGGAUUCAUCUGAUAAUGAAUCGGUGCAUUCGUUGCCACUGGACGGCGAGAAUAAGGCGCAUCAGAUUUCGUAUGCGGAUAUAGCGAAGAGUUCCGAGCGUCCGAAGUGGAAUCGUCUGCCUUCCGAGCGUCGGAAAAACGACAAACCACCGCUGGCCGAGGAGAAACCAGUGGCGGAAAUACCGCAGCCUCAAGUCGCUCCCGUUGCCCCUGCCGUCGUUCAAAUCCUACCACCUAUCGCCGCCACAAUUGCACCGCCGCCGACCACACUUACCAAUUCAAAUGUUGCGCCCGACUGCAUUAAAGAUGCUGCGGUCGCCAAGUGUUUGCCAAAGGAGAAAGAGAAGGAAACUGAUACGGACUUGAGCUCGCUGCAGAACUGGCCCGAGAUACGGAACAAUAAGGUCAACCAAGCCAAAACAAACCUGAAUUCACACGAUACGACCAACUCGCAUACCAUGACUGCUGCGGACGCCGCUGUGGUGCUGCCAGUGCAACCGGCGGUGCAGGACUGGCCGAGUAUUAUUAGCAACGGCGCCAAGCCGACACCCAAACAGCAUGUUGACAAUAAGCCGAAGAAGGCAAAGACUAGCACCGCUCCGCAACCGCAAGUGAUGCACGCGAAUGUGAACGAGCAUCUUCAGCAGGUACUGCAGGUGCAGGUGUCACCAUCCUACGAGAGCGGCGUUUAUGUAUAUAGGCAGAAUCACGACGAGGACGACCGCGGCGAGGUGAUGAGCAAUCCACAGCAGGUGAUACAGCAAGUGUCGGAACAAUCACAGCAGCAUUUGUACCAAAUGCCGCCGAAUAUCCACGACGUGCAGACCAUUGAAGAGAUGCAGAUUCGGUCGCUGCAAGCGGCGCAAAUGUCGCCGGCGCUCGUCGUGGACGAGGAGAUUGAAGCGGCGUAUGUGCCCAAUGCUACCGCCAGUGGCCCGGAGAAGUAUCGACCAGCGGUGGUUAUCCUGAGCAGUGGUGGUGAUCGCCAUGCCACUUCGGAUAUCACCUUUGGGUUUGGCAUCAACGAACAAUUGCUGAGCGGUGAUGUUUGUGCGGAUUUUGUCAGCCGCUUCCUGCAGCCGGAUGUGCAAACAACGCAUGUUGAUCAGUUGGUUAACUAUGUUGCUUCGGAAUGGGAAGAUAUUCUGAUGCAGACACACACUGGCAAAGUCAAAUACUACACCGAUGAGCUAUCCUAAUCGGCGACGUGACCGCGACGCCUCACGCAGGCAGGCCACACUCUUAACUCUACGCGGAGGGGAGCGGAAGUCGAGCAGAGUCUUGUCCUUGAAGAUGGCAACACAGACUAGUCAGUUACCUACUAAUACAGAAACGAUUUAAUCGCGAGGAUUUUAACAACACGCGCGCAACACUCCUCUUAACAUUAACUAAGAUGAUAAUUGUAAUUAAUGUGUAAAAUUAUUUAAACAAUACGAACUAAAACGAAGUGUUUGGAACGUGCAGGUGUGCUGGUAGCGGAUAAGAUAUGUGUUUAUAAAAAUUAAUACAGACGGACAGAGGGAGGGAAGGAAGGACGCAGAGGGUGGUGAAAAUUGUAGAAAUGUACAUUGUAAAAUGAGACGUUUUUUACCGCAGCCGUAGCAUUCAUUACGUUGUAAUAAGGGCAAGUGGAAAAGGUCUCAUUACUUCGACGGUGUCGAAGCAGUUGAAUGAAAAUGUUGGUUCCUUUUUAAAUUCAAGUUGGAAGUACGCAGAAUGCCAAAUUAUUUAUUUCGAAUUGCGUAUUCGAUUGAGUUGCGUUAGUUUCUUCACUUUCUUUUACUAUUUUAUAAUAAUCCGUUCUCAGUUUGUUUCUUCAGUUUGAUUCGGUUUGUGCGCGCGUGGACGCCUCCGGCAUUGGCUUGCGCCGCGUUUGUUUUUAUUUUGUAUUAAUGAUAUGUUUAUGAUUGUUAUUUAUAUUAAGGGCCAAUGUCUCACCAUUGCCAAACUGAUAGCAAUACUCGAGGUGUCCCGCCUACGAUUUUGACUCGCUGCAAAUGAAUAUUUGUUAUUUAUUGAUAGCACUUAUGUUACACGAUACAAAAUGUUAAUUACUAUCGAGACACGCGGCGCCCGGCUCGCGGGGAGGAAGAAUGCGCAACAUGCGAGAGAUUGGAAUUUAUGUGUUUGUAAACAAGCGAUGCAUACAUAAAAAUUGUUAUUGUAA